AUGAAGACAGGCUUGCCAUCAUCGGCUGCUGAAAUAUUCAAUCCCUCUAAGGCCUGGUGGAUUAUUCAGGCUCCAUGGAUCAUUAGCCUCCCCAGGAGGCAGCAGGUGUGCCAACCUAGAUAUUGGUCUCGCCUCUUUGGCCCCUCGCAACGGGACCGUAAAUCAGCAAAGUGGUGUGGCGGCCCUGGGGUAUACGUAAUGAGAAUGCGGGGUCAGAAGAUGUAA